AUGGUUUCUUCCCUAACCCGGUAGAUAUUUCCUCUUGACCCCAAACAUUUCCUUUCCUGUGUCAGCCACCUUACAGAAUGGCGAAGAUCAAGGCCCGUGAUCUGCGUGGGAAGAAGAAGGAAGAGCUGCUCAAGCAGCUGGAGGACCUGAAGGUGGAACUGUCCCAGCUCCGUGUUGCAAAGGUUACGGGCGGAGCUGCCUCCAAGCUGUCUAAGAUUCGUGUUGUCCGCAAGUCCAUCGCCAGAGUGCUGACUGUCAUCAAUCAGACCCAGAAGGAAAACUUGAGGAAGUUCUACAAGGGAAAGAAAUACAAGCCCCUGGACCUGAGGCCUAAGAAGACCCGUGCGCUCCGCAGGCGCUUGAACAAGCACGAAGAGAACCUGAGGACGAAGAAAACGCAGAGGAAGGAGCGUUUGUACUCCAUCCGCAAGUUUGCUGUCAAGGCAUGAAGCGGUUUCUUUGGCAUAAAAAAUAAACACCACAGAAAGAA